UUUCCAAAAAAGUUAAAAUAACUUCCUCUCCGGGAGACCUCGGUUUUUGCACGAGCCGGCCUUGAAACCGGAGCCCUUUGCAGGCAGCCCCGCAAGCGCGUGCUCGGCGCCCGCGGGCUUGGCCAGCGGCGCGCUCACGGCGCCCCCAGCCCCCAGCCCCACGCGCGCCGCGCGGGCGCCAUGGAGGAGGGCUCCAGCUCGCCCGUGUCCCCCGUGGACAGCCUGGGCACCAGCGAGGAGGAGCUCGAACGGCAGCCCAAACGCUUCGGCCGGAAGCGGCGCUACAGCAAGAAGUCCAGCGAGGAGGGCAGCCCGACCCCGGGCAAGCGCGGCAAGAAGGGCAGCCCGAGCGCGCAGUCCUUCGAGGAGCUGCAGAGCCAGCGCAUCCUGGCCAACGUGCGUGAGCGCCAGCGCACGCAGUCGCUCAACGAGGCCUUCGCCGCGCUGCGCAAGAUCAUCCCCACGCUGCCCUCGGACAAGCUGAGCAAGAUCCAGACGCUCAAGCUGGCCGCGCGGUACAUCGACUUCCUCUACCAGGUCCUGCAGAGCGACGAGAUGGACAAUAAGAUGACCAGCUGCAGCUACGUGGCCCACGAGCGCCUCAGCUACGCCUUCUCCGUGUGGCGCAUGGAGGGCGCGUGGUCCAUGUCAGCCUCCCACUAGCCCCGCGCUGCACCCGCCUCCGGACCGGCGCGCCAGGACACAAAUGGAGCUGGGCAGCACCCGGACCUCGACCUGGACAACCUGGAUGACCCCAAGGAGACCCCGGGGCCUGGGCCAACGGCACCGGGGGUGCAGCUCCCCUCCUGGCCCCAGCGCUCUCCGGAGAGAGGGGCUGCUCUCCCUGCACAUCUCUGGAUUCCGCCUCGCGGAUGAGGCUUCGGAUCUGGCGUCUGUAGCUCCCUCCAAGUGCCUUCUCUAAUGUAUAUUUUUUUAAUAAAAUGGAAAUGCACCCUUGUAAAUUCUGUUGAGACUGGACCAAGGCUCUCAGAGGGAACCCCGACCUCGGCCCCCAGCACUGGCCUCUUUCUCUGUAUCUCUCUCUCCCUCCCUCCCUCUUCUGCCCCAGGCGCGGGCACCACCAGACUUAUCUUUAUUUUCGUGUACUUCCUGUCUCAGUGUAUAUGUCAUGUUUUAUUUAUUGAGAUAUUUUUACGAUUGAUGGCCCGCAUGGCUCUGU